AUGGGUACUUUAAUGAGGAAGAUGGAGUGGGUAUCACCGUAUGAAAUGGCUAUCCAGAGACAGUGGAAGAUGUACAUAGUUGAGCUCAACUCCACGCAGUUGAACAUCUAUGACUACGAUGCUGAUGAGGCUAACGAUUCAAACCUCCACGGUUCUGCAUCCAGGUCUUUUCUUCAUUUGCAUCGACUCCACCAUAACUCCAGUGUGAGUAAUUCCAGCUCUUACUGUCAAACAACAAGUCCUCAGAUCGACCUUAGUAAGUAUCAAUCUAGACUUACUACCAAGGAAGAUCUGGAGCGCUUAAAAUUGUUUCACGACAAGAAAAUGCUCAACCAAUCCAAUUUGGUGUCUUCCUAUUCUCUUCAGUACGGUAGAAUUGGACUGGCCAUUGACUACAAGAAGAAGAAAUACACUUUGAGACUCAGGCUUCAGACGGAACAGUUCUUACUUCAAUUCUCUUGUGCUGAAACGAUGAUUGAAUGGUAUACUGCUCUCAGUUUGGGAAUUGACAAUGCUCUAGAGAUUUCUAAAAGGCCCAUGCCUAAGUAUAGAACCGUGCCUAGAAGGAGAAGACACGUUCAUAGUAGCGCGCAGAGGAUUCCUCUCAUCAGCAACGGACGCCAUCAUUCUAUUGAGAACCUUUUCUCUCGAAGGACAGACUCAUCACCAGAUCUUGGUAGCUUUAUUUCCAAACUCAAAUUUAGAUUUGGAUCGGGCUCAGGAUCAGGAUCAGGAUCAGGAGGAGGAAGCAGAGAUGAAUCUUCUGGUCGUGAAGAGUUCCAGCAACAGGUUCAGCCACCUUUCAGUCUUCUGAGUAUUUAUGAUAUGCCUGAGAACCAUAGUGAAGAGAGUAUGGCUGAGUCGGAAGACAGACGUGUCUCUACUGAUACACGUUCAGGCUGUUCAGAGCAGGAGCAGGAGUUAGGAGAUUCCCAUACCCUUCUGUCUUCUUCACCACCACAAGAUUCUCAAGAGAGCAUCAACUCAUUGGAUGAAGGAUAUGAGGUAGAAGAUGAAUUAGUUGAUCCUGUAGGCGUGGAAAGCAUUGGUGAUACUGUGUCUCACAACGGAGAUGAUGGCAUAUUCUUUGAAGCUUCCCACCCUUACAACAGCGGAGCAGCAUCGUCUUUGAGACAACCACGUCGUCAAAGAGCAUUGUCUUCUUCUUCAUACUCUCUUCAUGUAACAGCAUCGUCAGUAUCCAUUCAUCCGGUGGCAAUGGCAAUGGCGAUGCCCAUUCCGAACUUAAGACUAGCGGGAUCUCAUGGAAAUGCUAGAAUGACGAUUUCAUCCUCUUUAUCACCAUCAAUCUCCAUAGAAUCUGCCAGUGCUUCCAGCCCUAUAUCUGCAAUGAGUUCUCCAGGCUUAGGAUUGACUACACCUACAACAUCCAUUACCAGUAGUCCGCGUACGUCUAAUUAUAUAGAGGGAAAUGGCAUUGACCAAUUAGAUGAAGGCGGUGAUGAUACAUACACAGCGAUAAUGGAGAAGCUUAGAUCAUGUGUUGAUGUGAUUGCCAUUCCUAACCGAAGAAGACAGAUACGUGAUUCUGUUAGAUGCAUGGUUCCAUUAGUUGGAAGUGAAAGAUGGGCAGGACGGUUUGUAGUGAAGGAUGCUGUUAUGAAUUAUCAUCCUAAACAGAAUAAGAAUGCCACUAACGAGCCGUUAAUUACGAGGUGGGACGGACUAAACAUGGAACGUCCUAGUUACGAGCAAUUCAGGCCGUUACAGGAGUACCUGGUUACAACGAGAGGUUUAAUUGCCAAGAUUAAUCAUGGUUUUGAGGGGAAUCGGUUUGCAUAG